AGACGGAGCUGUACCAGAUGAGCUGGAGCUCCGCCGGACUCCGGGACUGUCUCGUUGCUGCAGCUCCGUACGGAGGACCCAUAGCUCUCCUCAGGGAACCCCAGCGUCGAUCUCCCAGCUCUCGUCCUCAGCUGGAGAUUUAUUCUGCUGCCGGAGUCGCCAUCGCCAGCUUCCCGUGGAAGAGCGGUCCAGUCGUCCACCUGGGCUGGUCCGUCACCGAUGAGCUGCUGUGUGUCCAGGAGGACGGAUCUGUCCUGAUCUACGACCUGUUUGGGUCCUUCAAGAGACACUUCAGCAUGGGACAGGAAGUGGUCCAGUCUCAGGUGUUGGAGGCCAAGGUGUUCCACUCUCCCUACGGAACCGGCAUCGCCAUAGUAACCGGCUCCUCCCGCUUCACCCUGGCAACCAACAUCGAGGACCUGAAGCUCCGCAGGUUACCUGAGGUCCCAGGUCUGCAGGGGAAGCCGUCCUGCUGGGUCGUCCUCACUCAGGACAGACAGACCAAAGUCCUGCUGGCUGUUGGACCGGACCUGUUCGUGCUGGACAACACGUCCUGCACCGCCGUGGUUCCUCCAGGACUCAGUCCUCAUGCCGGCAGUAUCGUAAACAUGUCCGUCUCCUUCAGCUACAAAUACCUGGCUCUGUUUACGGACACGGGACACCUGUGGACGGGUCUGUCCAACCUGCAGGAGAAACUCAGUGAGGUGAACACCAAGAAGACGACAAAACCCAAACAGAUGGCCUGGUGCCGCAGACCAAAGUCCCAGCAGCCGUCGGUGGUUCUGAUGUGGGAGAAGCUGCUGCUGGUGGUGGGAGUUUGUAACGACACCAUCCAGUUCCCCAUGGAGGACUCGUCGGUUCUGGUCGGGGAGCUGGACGGAGUCCGGAUCCUGGGAUCCUCCACCCAGGAGCUGCUGCAGGAGGUUCCUCUGGUGGUCCAGGACAUCUUCAAGAUCGCCUCCAUGGCCCCCGGAGCCCUGCUGCUGGAGGCCCACCGGGAGUACGAGAAGUCCAGCCAGAAGGCGGACGAGUACCUGAGGGAGAUCAAGGACCAGGACGUUCUGGGAGAAGCUGUCCAUCAGUGUGUGGAGGCGGCGGGUCACGAGUACGACGCCAGCACCCAGAAGGCCCUGAUGAGGGCCGCCUCCUUUGGGAAGUGUUUCCUGACGGACUUCCCUCCCGACCACUUCGUCUCCACCUGCCGGGAGCUGCGGGUCCUGAACGCCGUCCGGGACGCCGGCGUGGGGAUGCCGCUGACGCACUCUCAGUUCAAACAGAUGACUCUGCAGGUGCUGAUCGACAGGUUGGUGUACCGGCAGUUCUACCCUCUGGCCAUAGAGGUGUGUCGGUACCUGAAGAUCCCGGACUACCAGGGAGUCAGCCGAGUCCUGAAGCACUGGGCGUCCUGCAAGGUGCAGCAGAAGGACCUGUCAGACGAGGCGAUAGCCCGAGCCGUGUGUGUGAAGGUUGGAGAUUCUCCCGGGGUUUCGUACUCGCACAUCGCUGCUAAAGCUUAUGAGUGUGGACGCACCGAGCUGGCUAUCAAGCUGCUGGACUUUGAGGCCCGGUCAGCAGAGCAGGUUCCUCUGCUGCUGAAGAUGAAGAGGAGUCAGCUGGCCCUGAGUAAAGCUGUGGAGAGUGGAGAUACGGACCUGGUUUACACGGUGGUGACGUACCUGAAGAACGAGAUGAAUCGGGGAGAUUUCUUCAUGACCCUGAGGAACCAGCCGGUGGCGCUGAGUCUGUACCGACAGUUCUGCCGGCUGCAGGAGCAGGACACCCUGAAGGAUCUUUACAACCAGGACGACGACCACCAGGAGCUGGCCAACUACUACGUGUCUGCUAGCUACAGGGAGCAGAGGCUGGAGAGCCGGCUGGCGACGCUGCAGAGCUCCGUGGACGAAUAUAACAAAGCUAAGAACGACUUCAACGCCAAGGCGACGGAGGACGAGAUGCGGCUCCUUCGUUUUCAGCGGAAAAUGGAUGAUGAAAAGGGGGCGGGGCUUCUGGGCCUGUCCCUGCAGGACACCAUGGAGGCGCUGUUUUCUCUAGGACUCCACAAACCUGCGGAGCAGCUUUACCGAGACUUCAAGGUCCCGGACAAAAGGUAUUGGUGGCUGAAGCUCAAGUCUCUGGCGGUGAAGGAGGAGUGGGAGGAGCUAGAGAAGUUCUCCAGGAGCAAGAAGUCUCCCAUUGGCUACCUGCCGUUCGUGGAGGUUUGCAUGAAGCUCAACAACAAGUAUGAAGCCAAGAAGUACCUGGUGAAGGUCACACCUGAGCAGAAGGUCAAGGCUCACCUGGCCGUCGGGGACCUGGAGGGCGCGGCCGACGCCGCCAUCGAGCGGCGGAGCGAGGCGGAGAUCGGGGCGGUUCUGUCCAGAUGCUCCGCCUCCGACCGGCUGCUGGUGGACCGGCUGAACCGCGGCCGGGCCACGGCGGCCAAGAAGUGAGGGGGGACGGUCGCCGUGGCAACCAGGCCGGGCCACGGCGGCCAAGAAGUGAGGGGGGACGGUCGCCGUGGCAACGAGGCCCGGCCACGGCGGCCAAGAAGUGAGGGGGGACGGUCGCCGUGGCAACGAGGCCGGGCCACGGCGGCCAAGAAGUGAGGGGGGACGGUCGCCGUGGC